AACAUAUCAUAGCAACAUAAGAGAAAGGAAAAAGUACAUACAAAGAAAAAAGAGAGGAGUGAUAUAUAUGGCUAGCAUGGCUGAGAAAUGGGAGGAACUUAGUGGGAAAAACAAUUGGGAAGGGUUAUUAAACCCUUUGGAUCUCGAUCUUCGUAAAUAUAUCAUUCAAUAUGGAGAAUUGGCUCAAGCAACUUAUGACACUUUCAUUACUGAAACUGCGUCCAAAUAUGCAGGAGCUAGCAGAUACUCGAUGGAAAACCUUUUUACUAAGGCUGGACUAGACCCAAACAAGUAUCGCGUGACCAAAUUUUUCUAUGCUACCGCGUCCAUUCCACUUCCUGAUGGUUUCAUUGUGAAAUCAUUGUCGAGAGAAGCAUGGAGUAAGGAAUCAAAUUUUAUGGGGUAUAUUGCCGUGGCUACUGAUGAGGGAAAAGUUGCACUAGGAAGGAGGGAUAUUGUGAUUAAUUGGAGAGGAACUAUGCAGAAGCUAGAGUGGGUUAAUGAUCUUCAAUUCCUACUUGUUCCAGCACCAAAAGUAUUUGGUGAUGGGGGUUUGCUUCCUUUGAUUCAACCUUUGGUGCAUCAUGGCUUCUAUAACAUUUAUACAUCAGAAAGUGCACGAUCACAGUUUAAUCAGACUAGUGCCAGAGAUCAGGUAAUGGAAGAAGUAAAAAGGUUGGUUGAGGAAUAUAAGAAUGAAGAGGUCAGCAUAACUGUGACUGGACAUAGUCUAGGUGCAUCAAUUGCAACUCUAAAUGCAGUUGACAUAGCCUUCAAUGGUAUCAACAAGUCAAGUAAUGGCAAGGAGUUCCCAGUUACCGCUUUUGUAUUCGCAAGUCCCAAAGUUGGAGAUCUCAAAUUUAAGGCAGAAUCUGACAAACUGAAAAGCCUUCGUACUUUGAGAAUUCACAACUUACUGGAUGUUGUUCCAAAAUACCCACCCAUUGGGUAUUUCGACGUUGGGGAGGAACUACUAAUUGACACCACUAAAUCUCCCUAUGUGAGGCCUCCUGGAGAAGUUGUCAGCUGGCAUUUGCUGGAGCCAUACUUGCAUGGAGUUGCUGGCACUCAAGGUUUAGGACUUUUAGCCGGUUUUAAACUGGAGGUGAAUCGCGAUAUUUCACUUGUCAACAAGCAGUGGAACAUACUGAAAGACGAAUAUUGUAUUCCUGGACUUUGGUGGGUUGAGAAGCACAAAGGAAUGGUUCAACAACAAGAUGGAUCUUGGCUUCUCUUGGAUCGUGAUGAGUAUGAAUUUUGAUGUGAUCACUUUAUUUCCCUUCACGUAAUGUUCGAAUAAAGGGUUUUCCAUUUCGUAAGCUUAGGGAAACCACAUGCAUCCUAUAUUAUUUAUUAGUAUGUAUUAUGGUUCCUCUUAUAAACGUGGAGGAUAACCUAGUUUGUCUAUCUAUUUAUAUACUAUGAGCUUUACUUCUUCUGGUUAA